AUGGAUGGCGCGCCAUUCGUCGCUAUAUUUCUCCUUUUUGUGACUACAACUCGAUCGGCACUCAUUGGUCUCGAGGGUUGUGCAGAGAGCAAAUCCUGCUGGGCCCAACCACCUGGCUGUCAGGAUAAUUGUGUGUCGGCAGCGACUUGGAUAUGGACAGAAGCUGGAUUCAGCAUCACGCUGUCAGCCUCCGUGUCCGAUCUCGAUCCGUCGCGGCCCUAUUGGCUGGCUCUCGGCUUUUCUCACAACCAGAGGAUGGACGACGACACGGUCUUCGAGUGUCUGAUGUCACAGGACGGAACUCGGUCUAUUGCCCAGAUUUCAUUCAACGACGAGACGGCCAACCACGCGCUUCCGCAGGCAUCGUCGGUGAUGCUCGGCAAAGAGAAAAUAGAACUUGUCGACGGAAUUCUCUCAUGUACAUUAACUUAUUAUCCCGACAACCGGAGCCUCGUCUAUCCGGAUGAUCAAUACAAGUUACAUCAACUCGAUGCGAAGCCGUACUAUCUAUUGCUGGCACGUGGCAGCGCUGAUCCUUACACUUACUCAAAGGAUAUACAUUUCAUGAAUGACGGGCCACUUUUCCCGUGGAUCAGCGGUGAACAGGCGGACUUUUGUCGUUCGAACUGUAGUGGGCCACAAUUUGUGCGCAUCGACAGAGGAUUGCAAAGCCAUGUUGAACGCUACUGGCGGUAUCGCAUCGCCGUUUUCCAUGGCUGCACGCUGAUGUUUGGCUGGUGGGUGUUGGUGUCGAAUGGAAUACUCUUGGCCCGGUUCUUCAAGCCGAUGUGGCCACGGAGACGGUUUUUCGGCGUGGCUGUCUGGUUUCAGCUCCACCGCGGCUUAAACAUCAUUUCUCUAUGCUUGCAAUUGAUUGCUGUCUUGCUUAUCUUCUAUCAGAGUGGCUGGGUGUGGUACGAGUGUAGCUAUGAAUGCGAUCUGCAGGCUCUCGCCAAGAAAAUGCACGCGAUGAUCGGUGGUCUGGCGACGGUGUUGGCCAUACUGAAUCCAAUGAUCGCACUCGCCCGACCAGCCCCAGAUUCCAGCACUCGUCCAUUCUUCAAUUGGUUGCACUGGGGGCUUGGACUGGGCGGAUGGGGAUGUGCGAGUUUAACGAUUCUGCUGUCCGUACCGCUCGGCAAGACUGGGCUCUACGCGGCAUAUGGGCCAAUUCCUUUUUACAUACUGUGUUCCUAUCUACUGUUCUUCGUUGCCAUCAACAUCGCACUUCAGAUAGUAACGACGAGCCAUGAGGCGCGCCAAGAAAAAAAGCCGAAAGUAGCCACCGUUUUGUCCUACCGUGAUACCGGCCUCAAAACCCACGAAAAGCACUUGUCCGUUAUUUCUGCUGUUGCUACACGUCGUGAUAUCCAUG